CCUAGCGGCUAUCCUUCGCGAAGACGGCAAUAUCAUCCCGUAUUUCCGAAUUCUUACACCUUCCAAGACAGGCUGUCAGAUAUACGGCAUCUUGAGUUUUACUCGUGCGACGCUAAUUGCGCCGCGUGAACCCUAAUUUUUCCUUCCGAAUUGUGUACGCCGCAACAACGACGGAAUCCCUGGAGGUAUACCUCCUCCCCCUAUGACCAACAUGGCGCCAGUAGGGCCGCCCACAGCUGUAGAAAUAACGCAGCGCUUCUCGGAAUGGGACACGGAACAUGCUGCUAUCAUUUCUCAGUACGAGGCCGAGGAGCGGAGAGAAAAACGGGCACUGAAUGAGGCCAAGAAGACGAUCAUUGCCGACAUAGCCCAGGAGAAGCAGGCCCUUGAGGCCUGCCAUUCCAUCCAUCCAUCACUCCUUCCCUACUUCGAGAGGAAGCGCUCUAAAUGCCUGAAUCAACUGCAGGAGGACUACGAGGCAAAGAAGGCGCAGCGAAAGCAAGUUCACUCCCGAAGGGUCCUCGAGCAUAUGGAGAUGUUUAGCGCCUUCAUUGCCUUGGCCAGCACAGCCACUGCAGGUCCUGCCAAGCAGGUCCCUUCGCAAACAACAAGCAAGAAGAGCUCGCCUAUUCCAGCUGCGGACUCUCGCCCGCCCUCAUCAUCGAGCAAGAAAUCAGAUGGCGACCGCCCGGACCCGGACCUUGUUCGGGCUGGGUCAGCAUCUCAACCCGCCAAGUCGGGGGCAAGGGUUAAUGGCCAUCGUGACAACUCCGAGGGCCGAGAGAAACAGGCACAGCAACCAGCAAACCUGGCCGACAGAGAUGCCUCAAACAAAGCCGCAUCCCAGCAUCCCGGAAUGCCUGAGGGUCCAUCGCCAUCACAGCUGGCCGCUACAGCCCCCGACGUGGAUCAUGUAGCGAAUCCUAUGCCUGCACCUGCACCCCAGAAAAGAAAGGCGGAUUCGCAGCCUAGUUCGCCACAAGCUAGGUUGAAGAAAGCGAAAAUCGUUGACGUUGAUAACCCAGAGAAGGGCAACGAUGCCCCUCAACGGCAGUCGCAGAAGAAGCCGGCUGCCAAGCGGUCUAUUUCUUUUGACGAAGUCUACCAGGAUGGGCAUGCUGAGUAUAAGCAUGUGAUCAUCGAGUAUCCGCCUGGGGAGGGCGACUGGUACAUCCUCAAGUGCGAUGAGCAUGGGGUUCACUUCAACCUCAACCCGCUUCAUGGCUCGGCCAAACAUCUUCAUGGCAUCCAGCACAACUAUCUUUCCAAAGAACACUCGCUGGCUAUCGCAACGCUUGGUCAUCUUGUCUUUGAUUGCGAUGCCGAGAUGGCCGAGAAGAAUAAUGCGGCUGUUCGGAAGGCAUUUGAGCGAGGCUACAAGCCGUUCAACCGGAAUCACUUGACAAAGUCGGAGCGGGCGAUUAUGGGCUUUGGGCCUGUCGAGACUCCUAAAGCUCGGAAGAUGGCGGCCAAAAUAUUGGCGAAGCAGACCCCUAGCGGCUCUUCCGAGAACAGCAAAUCUGUGGCCAAACCUCCGCCAGCUGCGGCCACGUCCACGUCAUUUUCCGGCGUUACCCACCCGGUCCCCGGCGAACUCUACCUCGGAUACUGGAGUAAGAACAAGACCAAGUAUGCCGUCAUGCUGUUGCCAUGGGGUGACUUGUCAGUGGCAGGCAUGCUCGGAACCCUUGCAACCACGGGACUCUUGGUUAGGGCACCGAGAUGCUAUCUGAUUGACCGUCUGACGCAGGGGAUCAAGGGUUGGGCGAAGGGGUACGAGGAUGGCGGGCCACUCUUGACGAAGCGAGAAUUCCCAGUCAUGUACUUUGACGGAGCCCGAUCCGUGGGAUGGCUCCGGGCCAAAGACCUCUCACUCUUCGAUAUGGAGGAUCCCGGAUCCAUUCUCAUACCGAACUUCCAAGUGGCACGCGACCAUUACGCGAGAGCUCAUGGCUAUGACAGCUAUGAGACAAUGAAAGGCCAACGUCAGAAGCAGGGACUGCCCGAGAUGCGGCUAUCAGCCGUCGGCCAGCCAUCCCCCCAACAAGUAUCGCCAAUUGCCACUGACGUGGACAAACCGUCCGAUCCUCCCGCUAGUACGACCGAAUCGGCCCAGCCCGCCAAACUUGACAAAGGCAAGGCUGGCAAGGCUGGCAAGGGUCCCGGACAGGAUUCGGGUUCUUCUACGUCUGGUCCUAAGGAUUCGGCUGGUAGCUUGGCCCAAGCCGAUAAAGCCGAUUCCGAUGUCGAGAUGACGGAUAUCCCUCUCCCCGAGGAGGACGACGAUACCGAAUCGUAUCACGAUUCGGAUGCCAAAGAUGAUUCUGAUGAGGAUGUCAACAUGGAAGGCGGCGAAAGCCGUCGAACCUCGAUUUCGACCAAAGCUGCGGCGGCACGGGAUGCUGGAAAAGAUACAACCGCACCGAAACCCACAGCCAAGGACAAGGCAGCCAAGAGUAACGCGGCCGAGGACAAGCCAGAUGAGCCUGCUCAUGACACUCGGUCAGCCAACACCACCACCCCUGCUACACAUGUUCCGGUGAAUUCGUCGCGCGAGCCGAAGCCGAUCGGCCCUGGAGAAGGAACUACUGCGACGCUAUCUGAGGCGAACGGGGAUCAAGAUCAAGCAACUACUUCCGAUACUACCACCAAGAAGACCGGACUGUCUAAAUCUCAGGAAGCGGCUAAUGGGGCCGGAGACGCACAAGGUGCAAAGAGGCAAGACAAUACCACGGCCAGCUCAGGGCCGAGCCCACCGCACCCUGGGAACUCCGUAUCGAGCGCGGAGGCAACGCCAAAGAGCAAAGGAAGUAUGUCUCCGCCCACUAGAAACCCUCAAAUUACCAGGCGUAGUCCGGCGGCUCCCGCCUCGACCAAUUUGUCGGCUAGCAAAUCUAGUGAGCCUCGUCGAGAGUCGUGGCCAGAUGAUACGCAAAAUGGUUUGCAGAAGCUGCCGCGCGCCGAGACUAUGGCACCCCCGCGGGCAGGUAGCCAUCCAUUACCGAAUGAGACUCCUUUGAUGGCUGGCCCACGGGAUGCCAGGAGUAUUACUGGGCAGGCAACGGGGGCCCCUCUCCGUGCCGCAUCCGCAGAAGCGGCGCGCAACCCGUUGUCUGCUUCCAAGCAGCGCGAAAGCAGCGUCGCUCGCAGUGAAGGGGUGCCUGCUCGACAGUCUAGCCAGGACAUCCUGCAAAGCAACGGCCAGACAACGCAGGCCAGCAAGCUAUCGCCCGGGUUUGGCGCCGGCAUGCAGGCAAGAAGCUCGUCAUCUACGCCAGGUCCCAUGUCGAAACCUCCUUCGGGAUCUUCGACUCCAAUCAUUGUCCGCCCUGAUGACAUGGCUCAGAUGAGCCGGUGGCGUGCAGUUCGGAGUGAGCCCACGCCUCCCACCCAGCCGGACCAAAUUUCCCACUCGAGGCCGCAAACUCCCUCGUCCACAUCCACAGCUCCGGCUAAUCCGGCUAGGCGGCCGAGUCCGAUGGGAGAUUCUAGAGAGACUCUGAGAGCGCCGAGCAAAUCUGCCGAGGGUGCUUCACUUAAGUUGAGUGCAGAUGGCGGCAGCUACCAGGCGCCUCUUCGCGUUAGGUCUGUUGGUGCCAUGGCCAUAAAGCCCGAUCCAUAUGCAGGGGCCAAGACGGAGCGCUUUGAGCUGGCCAUGUACGAGGAUGGGCAAGGGAAUUUCUUCCUCAGACAGAAGGAUGGGCCCCACCUGCAGCUUACGGUUGACGCUCUGACGAAGAUGGCAAAAGCGAAUUUGGAGGGGGGUCGCACGGUGAGGAUCGAGCCGAUGAACAUAACCCGCAUGCUGGUUGAGCAGCUGGAUGAGAGCGGCUUUGGCGCGUGUCGAGUCACCCUCACAACGACGAAGGAAGGCAUGCCGAAGGAGCAGAAGUUCGUGCUUGAAGAGACAAGGACGAUGGGACGCGAAGAGAACGGCCGAAUUCAUACACGACGGUUCUGUCGAUGGGCCAAAACCGUGAAUGGCGAGAUUGAAUAUCAAUACAAGAGUUUUGGCUCGAGCACCCCGGCCAUCCCGAGCAGACAAGUCAGUUCGUCUUAAGGUCCGUUGGCGUGGCGUUGGGUGAUUGAUUCAUCCCCACACACGACUUGCCACGCGACUUGACCUUGAUAGUUUCAUUCGCCUGGGCCAGCAUCUGUUAGCUAUGGCCUUCGUUGCUGUUUGCUGGAUCGUUUCAGUUUUUUUCCAACUCGAAAGGCGGUUGCUCGGGGGUGCUAGAUUUGUAGGAUGGGGACGGCAGCCAGGAGACACCUCGCGAUCAAAUAAUUGUAGCCAAGCUCUCACGAUUCAGUUGGGGAGACAAGGCGUAAUCGUAUUUUCUUAAUACCUAACUUUACAGGCGUGUACGGGAAGGGGCAUGUUAUCGGGUUGCGGCUGGCAUUCGAGCCAGUAAUAUGUUUUAUUA